AUGAACAUCGGUGGAAGAGCUCGUGAUGAAUAUUUGGGUUUUGGACAUGUUCACGAUUUUGUGUUGGUGAUGCGGGACGAAGAUGAUGGUUUGUGGUUGGAGGUGCAGUUGCACGAAGUUGAUGGCAUAGGAAGCAGAUCAGAUAUUGGCAUAUUGGAAAUUAUGGUUGAUCCUGGCAUAGACAUUCCCUUAGCAAGACCACCUUCAGACACGACUCUGUACCUAUAUCGACUUUGCGCGGUGCUCCCCAUUCCCUACCUCUCCGUUCUCGUCCCUAAUUUGUGCUUCCCAUUCUCUUCCUCUCGCUUUUGCUUGACGUUUCUCUCCCUCUCCCUUUCCGGUCUGUCCGGUGGCAUUGUGUGGGUAGGGUUCGAGUGGUGUUCCACCAGUGCGUUGGCGUUGCCGUCAGGAGGGUGGUCCAUUAACAUCGUCGGAAUCUCUGGCUUGGCUAGGUCUUUGUCCACUUGCAGCUUUAGAUCGGGCAAUUCAUUCUCCACAUGCCUCUACUCAGGUAAUUAUUUCUGUUUUCUUCUAUUAUUUAGUGAUAAAUUUCUUUGUUUUGUGCAGCCGAAGCAGAUUCAUGAGAUUAAAGACUUCCUCCUCACUGCGAGGAGGAAGGAUGCACGCUCUGUGAAAAUCAAGAGGAGCGAUGUGGUAAAGUUCAAGGUUCGAUGCUCCAAGUACCUGUACACCCUCUGUGUGUUUGACUCUGAGAAGGCUGAUAAGUUGAAGCAAUCACUUCCUCUAGAGUUUGAUAGAAUAUUGGAGGAGCGCUACGCUGAUCCAUCUAGAUUUAUCAAAUUUGCUGAUGAGUUUGAUGACAAAGGCAACAACUCAAAUUCUAUUCAUGACGCGGUCAUGGAAUUAAUGCCCAACAUCUGGAAAGUCAAAUGCACUGUUGGCCGGGAGAGGCUUUCAGCUUUGUGUCUGAUGCAGAAGUUUGCUGAUUUGUUUUCUUUGGGUACUGUCUUGAAGAUAAAAUCUGCUUUUGCCGUAGAUCAUAUGAAAGGUUUUGUAUACAUUGAGGCUGAAAGGCAGUGUGAUAUAAAUGAGGCAUGUCAAGGGAUUCCCGGAAUCUAUGUUACUCGAGUAGCUCUAGUACCAAAUAGUGAGGUCUAUCAUCUUUUUUCUGUUAGAAAUAGAACCCCUGAAAUUUCUGAGGGUAUGUGGGCUCGAAUAAAAGGUGGUAAUUACAAAGGGGAUUUAGCACAGGUGGUGGCUGUAAAUAAUACCAGGAAAAAGGUUACAGUUAAGCUCAUUCCAAGAAUUGAUCUGCAAGCUUUGGCUGCCAAAUUUGGUGGAGGUUAUAGUCGCCAAAAGGUUGCUGUACCAGCCCCUAGAUUAAUCAGCUCAAGUGAACUAGAUUGCACUUUUGAGGUUGGUACUUCCAAUCCAGUAUACAACAAGCUUCUUUUGACAAUUAGCCAAAGCCUAGUGAGUUGUCAAGAGAAAAGGGCAAUUUUGGAAUUUUAUUUUGGGACUUAAAGAGAGAUGCCACAUCAUUUAUAUUGUAAUUUUUCUUAUUUUAUUUCAUUGUAAUUUGCAUUUGAAUUCCAUUUCAAUGUAAUUUGGGACAAAUUAGAAAAUAGGCCAAAAUUGGAAUGACAAAGUUGGAAUAUCGGUUUAUAAGAAGCAAAAAUUAGAUUGGGAAAGGAUCCCCUUCCUUUCACUUGCUGGACGUUGCUGAAAUGUAGAAAGGGGGCAACUUUCUUCUUCUCCCAUUUUUUGGGAUGUUCCAAGGGCCUUGUAGCUGGAUGUUUAGGUUCUAAUUUUGUUUUCCUCUUCUUUGCUGUAAUGAAUUCAUCUACAAUUUCACUUCAAUUCACAGUUUGAUUUCA